GUUACGAACAGUUUGCCAGUGGCGGGGGCACAUGCCGAUGACGUUGCCAGGACUGAACGACGAGACUCGACGAACAUGCUUGAAUGCCAAGUGGGUCGCCGACACUGUCGCGUCGACGGGACUGAACCCUGCGGAGCGAGACGAGCAGGGGCGCCGAGUAAAUUGGUUCUUGCAGCCGGCGUUGAAGCAUCGCCGGUUCACGAUUGCCGACCCGAGGCAGAUUGGUGCGUUCAAUCCCAGUUGUAUUCCAGCGGGCCACGUCUUCCACGGCGUUGGCGAGAAAACAUUUCCGAAUGGGUCGAUUGCAGACCCGGGGACGGUUGAAGGAACGUUCACGAUGGAGCUGUCGAGCUGGCCAUCGCAAGCCCUCUCAACGACCGUAUUGGCGAUUCUCAUUCAGGAAGUGGUGAAGUCGGCAGGCUAGUGGAAUUUGUAGCGGAUUCACUCGCGUGUUCUAGGUCGGGUUUGACGUAUCUAUCUUUGAGGCCGACGACAGCAUGUACGCGGCGGAACGGAUGUCGUCCAAAGGCAGGGGCAUAUGCACCCCGACGCACAUGAAUGUCGAGGUGGACACCGUCAUUGCGAUCAGCCCAUAUGCCAACCAAACAACAUCUUCCAGCAUCGGAUACACUUCCCAAAUCGGCAUCUACACAUUGCGCAGUAACGUCAUGACGGCGUUAAAGGGCGAUGCCGCGGACGGGUUCUCGCGAUCGUACUCGGCAGAAUUCUGGCGGGAGUACGUCCAAAGCACGGAACUUGUGGAGUUUUACUCGAUCCAGCAAACGCUGAACCUCACACGGAUCGCUCGACCCGAGGUAUGCCCUGACGGGAUGAUGGGGUGCCGAAAUGGCUGUGAAAAGAACUCGGCAUGCACCGCCGCGGAGGCCAAAGGCGAGCAUUGCGUAGUUAUCGCCAUGAUGACGCCCGACGUGUACCCGGGGUACGCGCAGGCCAUGGUGGCGAAUUGCCUCAUCCCGGCGUACUAUUGCUUUGCGGGGUACGAUGGCUUGAACGAAUACGUGAUGGACACGAUGGCCGCGAACGGCACGAUCUUGUUUUUCCAUUUUGAGCCGGACAUUUUCCACUUUGACAACGUCGGCAAGUUUGCGCGGGUGGCGUUCCCACCGACGGACCCGGAGCGAGUUGCCCUCUCGCGGGGGGUAUUUGGAGUGUUGGGGUAUGGCAUGCCGACACAGAAUCCCGUCGACGUCGACUUCCCGGAUGCGACGCUCAUGAAGACCUUCCCUGCAUUUCUCGACGACGACGAGCACCUCCACCAGUUGCUCACACGGUUCCAAAUCACGGCACGGCGAAUGACCACGUUGCUGGGAAACUAUUCCGUCCACCGGCGAAACAAAGCCGUGACGAACCCGGUCUUCACGACCGCGUGCCAGUGGGUUCAAACAAACUUCCGCACGUGGAGCGCUUGGAUAGACACGUUGCCGCUGUGUACGAUUCACCUCCACAUGAACUACACGAUUGCCGAAGUCAACAACGGGACAGCGAGGCGCGUCACGUUUCAGUGGAUUCGACCAGACCCGGACAACGCGUCGCUGCCUUACGUGUGCGAGGGCGGGAUGCUGGAGCUUCCCCGGCCACUCUUUUCGAGCAAGUCGGCCAAGUGGCUCAAAAAUAACUUUGCCAAAUGGAACGAUUGGCUCGCCACGCCACCCCCGUGCGACCGCUCCCACUACAGCUACUCCAUCGAUGCCUGCAACCAAGAGUCACGACGCCAAGUGUCGUUCUUUUGGGUCGUGCCCGGGGAUGGUGGAAGUCUCGAGUGCGUUGACGGCAUUUCGCUCCCACCGACGACCUCUGUCUCGUGCGACUACGUCCCCACGUCCUCCUCGGCAUUCCAAGGCAUCACGAUGCUGAGCUGCAUUAUCUUUUCGCUACUGCUGAUCUGUGGGAUUGUCAUCGUCGUGUUUCGCGAAAAAGCCGUCGUGAAGCGGUCUCAGUGGCCGUUGCUCGUGCUCAUCGUGAUCGGCGGUAUGAUCCUGUGCGUCGACAUCAUCCUGGGGGCGUAUCAGUCCACGGACAUGAUCUGCGGCAGCCUGUUAAUUUUGGAUUCGCUGUCGUUCUCGAUGAUCUUUGUCGCGAUUUUGGUCAAGUGCUUGCGUGUUUACUUGGUCUUCAACAACAAAGCCAUGAAGAAAAUCACCGUGUCGCUGUGGAAGAUGCUCAAGUUGUACUCUCUCAUCGUUACCAUCGACAUUGGCAUCGUCGUGGUGGGGCUUUUGGUCGACUAUCCCAAUGCCACGAUAUUCACGACCCCCGCGACCGAAUUUGACGGGGACGUCGAUCAUGUCACGUGUAAGUCGACGGGGUUGGUGUUUUCCGCGCUCUCUUUGUUUUGGAAGAUUCUCAUCGUGGGGACCGGGCUGUAUUUUGCCUUUUUGAUCCGCCACGCCGACAGUGACUUUCAAGAAACCAAGUGGAUCGUCGCGUCGGCGGUGGUGAUGGUCGUCGGCGGGAUUGUCAUGAUUCCGCUCAUGUACAUGACCAUGUCGACCGCGUUGAGCUUCACGUUGCGAUCGCUCGUGCUCUUGUUCGGGAUGGUGCUCGUGAUUGCGUUCAUGGUGAUGCCCAAGCUCUGGCGGCUCGGCAAGAUCAAGUCGACGUCCGCCAAGACCCCCGCCGUCAAGAAUUCCGAGCAACUUUCGUCCGAUGCCAUCCAUGUCGAAGACAAGACGACGGGAAAAGUAGGAGCGAAACGGUGAACAAUAAUGUCGUCCUUUUUUGUUGUGUAA